AUGACCGACGAAAAGGCCGUCGUUCCGACCCAAAAGCAUCGCCCAACUUUCACACAACUUCCUACUAUACUUGUUCGGCUGGUCAAUGACCGCUUCGAUGAAGAUCAGUAUGAUCAGGCUGUCGAGCUGCUCGAACAGCUGCGAGUAGAAGGUGUAAGGCCUCCAAAAAGCUUGAUCCAGAAGCUCGUCGGCCUCAGUCUAUGCUCGCUCGCUCCGCGACAGGUCGCUUCCACAUCAAGAUGGACUCUUGAUCAUCAGCUGCACAACAUCGCCGCUCGACUCCUGACACAGCACAAGGGCACCAAGAGCGACCGCGAUGCGAUGAAGACAACCUCUUCCACGCCUGAACGACCCUCAGGGUCUGCCGUGCUCAGAGCUAGCUCUCUUCUCAUCCAGUACUCCCGCUGCAACGCUUUGAUCUCUGUCGACAACACCAGACCGCAAUCAGAAGCUGAGCGCAAUGCUUCCUUGCUCGCUCUUCAUGUUCUUGAAUCUCUGCCAUCGCAGAGAAGACCGCUGGAAAGUCGCAAGUCCAACCGCUCAGCCUCGACACAACGAGCUCGUCUGGACUCGGAACGACUCGACGACAGCGAUCAUGACGGAUCGUUUGAGGUCAGCUCGAUCGAGCAAUGGGUAUACGAUCAUCUUCAGCAAGCAGAGGACGUGUGGGACUUGCUGAGCGGUCGAAGGUUCUCGAAUGACUCCGAGAGCGAGGAGGUCUCUCUUGGACGAGUCAGCGAGUUCUGGAUGAACGACUCUGAGCGCAAACGAUAUGCGAAGCAAUUGCACGCUUUCGCCACGGCUCAUCAGCGUCUCGAGGACCGGCUCAGAGACCACCGAUGGAAGAAGCUCAACGGUGGCACCGAUAGUAACUCAUCCGAUUCAGAUAGCGAUGAGGUCUCGGACGAAGAUAUCUUGGGCCUCAAGGCCAAACGCUCGGUCCAGCCCAACAGCAAACGCAAGGCCACAUGUCAGCAAAAGAAGCCAGAUAAGCGUGAACGCACGAGAAAGGGCGCAAGACUACCGUACAACGAUACAGGAACAUCACACACAAACGUCAAGAUGACCGAAGGUGGCUGGCGUACGCUCUCUGUUCUCCUCGAGCUGUGGCAUCGAGCAUCGCCACAAGCGGUCGGCGCAAGUGCAGAUUCUAUGUCACGUCCCAUAGACGAGCCGCCUCUCCUAUGGCAAUUUCCGCACAGCCAUGUGACGAGCCAAGAUGAUCGUCACCCAACAUCCAAGAUCGCCGCCGGUAAAGACACAACUGACGAGAUUGGCCGGGCUUUGGACGUCGCAUUUUCCUUUCCAAGUGUCCUCCCCGCCUAUGUAUCUUGUUCUAGCGGAACCGAGGCGUCUGUAAACUUGUUCGACACGGCGAAAUCCGUCACAGCCUGCGGUGACGCUCGUCUAUUUUCGUCGGUGUCAGCAGCAGAGCUAAUGCAUCGACACGAAGUCGGCAAUCAGAAGGUAGAGCGUCUUAUGGCGGUGCGUGCCGAAGCUGCGGCGUGGUUACUUUCGUCCAUGUACGAAUUGGUCAAACUCAACUAUAUAAGCCACGUCGCCUUGCUUGAAGGCAUGUCAGACCGGAUGGAAGCAUUGCAGGCGCAAGAGAUUCAAUUUAUCAUGCUUCCUCUGCUCGCAAAGGAAGCGUAUCUUGUGGCUGCUGUCCUGAUUCGCAACUUGACCGACACAACUCGGACACGUCCAGACAAGAUCAAAGCGCUUGACCACAGCCAUUUCCUAUUUGACGGUCAAGGCAUCAUCACUAUGGAUGCGGCAUUGGCAUACGCGAUCCCGCGCCAUGAGUCAGCCAUCACGCUUCUGCAAGCCUGCUUAAUGCGAUACCAGGACGGUAACGCGAAAGCUGUCUUGCAGUUCUUGUCGCUCAACAGGCUCGAGCUAGACGAUGCUGCCGAUUCGGACCUGCAACUGACGCUGCCGAACCGAGCGGAAAGCGGAAAGCAAGCUGUGGUACGAAAGCAGAGCCGACGACAUCUCAAGACUAAGCCCAGUACACGCAAGACGGGCAAGAUGAUGACGGAAAUGCAGGCUUCCGAGGCUGCAAGCACCGAGUUGACGGAAGAUAUGAUGAAAAACGGCAUGCUGGCGUUUGCGUUUGUGCGGACGCUGCAAAUGGGAGCGAGGAACCGCAUCAACCAGAUCAAGUUUCUCAUAGCACGAGCAAUGAGUGUAUUGCACGCUGGCAAUCAGACUUCACAAGCGAGCCCAGAUGCAGGCGCGUCCACUAACGAUCGCAAUCCAAGACCCGCCCAGGACUCGGAGUCAAAGACGAACAAGUUGGGCGAGGUGGAAAGCGCAUCUCAGCAACGGAACUUGGAGGUCUUUCUCACGCAACUUUGCAAGGCGCUCGAGCAUGAUGUUGGCGACUUUCAGAGCUGUGUCGCGGCCAUGAAGACGCAUGUGAAUCAGGACAGCGCGGAUCGACGUUUCAAGGACCUAGCUGGCCAGUUGGUGUCUGGCACCAGUGAUAGAGACGCUCCUGUCUCGCUACCGUCGUUGGAAGCGUUGGUGGAUCGAUGCCAGAAGUAUUACGACGACACGCAGCAUUUGGCUCACACUACGCGCAUGCUGCUCGACUCUGUGAAAUGGAGCUGA